AUGACCUCAACUGAUACACAGAAUGCCUCUUCUCCAGAUGUAAACCGAGCAGGCAACAGUGGCGACGAUGAUGCGAGUCAGACUGAGCCUACGCAGGCAGCGGUGCCCGAAGCAUCCCAGCACCACUCCUUAAGGCACCAUCUCCUGGGCCCGUCUUUAACAAAGGCUGGGCAAGAUGGUGUCGAUCAGAAGAAGGUCUCUGAGAUCAUCUACGAGGCCUCGAAAGGCUCGAAAUACUUUAAUAACGAGGAGGUCAAAGACAAAACCCUGACGCUGAAGAUCGACCGCAUCCUCAAGCAGAAGGCCCAACUGGAGAAACUAGACCUGAGGUCAGACCAGCGUCGAGCAGAUGACUAUAUUGCCUCCCUCGAGUUGUCGAGAAACUUGUCACAGUAUGUUGUGCACAUUGAUUGUGACGCAUUCUAUGCAGCUGUCGAGGAGAUCGACCGCCCCGAGUUGAAGACUGUGCCCAUGGCUGUUGGCCAGGGUGUACUGACGACAUGCAACUACGAAGCUCGCAAAUAUGGAUGCCGCAGCGCCAUGGCUGGAUUUGUUGCAAAGAAGCUUUGUCCGCAGCUGAUAUGCCUACCAUUGAACUUUGACAAGUACACCGCGAAGGCGAAAGAGGUCAGGGCCAUACUAGGCGAAUAUGACCCACGCUUCGAAAGUGCCAGCAUUGACGAGGCGUAUUUGAACAUCACAGACUACUGCGACGCACAUCACAUUGACCCAGAAGCUGCAAUCGAGCAACUUCGGCACGAGGUCCACGAGAAAUGCAAGAUCACGAUCUCUGCUGGAAUCGCACCGAACGCUAAAUUGGCCAAAAUCUGUUCCAACAAGAACAAACCCAACGGUCAUUUUCGCAUUCCCAAUGAUCGAGCUGCCGUCAUGUCCUUCAUGUCGACUCUUUCUGUCCGCAAGGUCAAUGGAGUAGGCCGAGUGUUUGAACGCGAACUUGAAGCCAUCGGCAUCAAAACAUGCGGCGAAAUUUAUGCUCAGCGAGCUUACUUGGCCAGACUGUUUGGCGAAAAAGCAUUUCAAUUCCUGAUACAGACUUAUCUUGGCCUAGGACGAACGGUGGUACAACCUGCAGACGAGUAUGAACGGAAGAGUGUCGGUACAGAAAGCACAUUCCGAGAUAUCAGCAGUAAAGAAGACCUCCGUGAGAAGUUACGGCACACUGCGGAAGAGCUAGAAAAAGACAUGGCUCGCGUCGAAGUCAAAGGGCGAACACUUGUGCUCAAAGUCAAGCUCCACACGUACGAAGUCUUCACGAGACAAUUCGCUCCACCCAAGGCGGUUCAUCUCGCAGAAGAUCUGUACAACUACAGCGUCCCAAUGUUAGCAAAGCUCGAGAAGGAGAUACCGGACUUCAGGCUCCGUCUUAUGGGGCUGCGUUGUACGCACCUCGUGAGCACGAAGAAAAACACGGGUGAUUUCUUCCGUCGGAAAGUUAACACUACGCAAGCUAACGAGAAGCCGACCGAUGCUGGCGAAUGGGAAGUCUGGCCGGACUCGGAGUUUGAGGACGCAGCACGACAGGAGCGACAAGAGGAGAUGGAGGAACUAGAGCGAUUGAGCCAGGAACAAGCUCAUGACCCAGCCUACGACACCGACAUGGAAGACAGAUAUACUUCUACGGCCGAUUGGCACGAACCUUUCGGGCGAUACAAAUACGGCAGUGAACCCAAUUCGCCGGCUUCAGUCGCCAAAGCCGGGCAUUUGAGGAAUCAAGGUGCAGCACCGUCCGCACACAAGCAGAAUGCGACACAACUGUGGGAAUGUCCAAUCUGCCAACUUCCGCAACCAGCCAACGACCGGGAUUUCAACAAUCACAUUGACCUAUGUCUUUCAAGGCAGACGAUCAAGGAGGCUGUCGCCGAAACGGACGGGCCUCCUCGCGGGACAUCUUCCCGCUUGUCCCCGGCGGUCGUGGUGCCUGGAAGGUCUCGCUUGACGAAUACGACAAUUAAUGGCAAGGCGAAGAGAAAGGCAGCUGGCAGCAGCAUAUCUGCACCCGGCGAGGUUGACCCAGGCAGGAGGCAGAAGAGAUUGUUCUUCACAUGA